AUGAGUACUCUUAUUUCACGUAGUAGGGUCUAUGUGCUGCUGCUUGUUUUUACCAUUGUGUUGGAGUGCUUGAGUGUACAACUUGCACUUGGAGAUACUAAGCUACAUAAGGCCACAUGGGGUGAUCAAGAUGACUGUGGAUACGGAGGGGAAUGUGAGUCUAGGCCACUUAGUGGUCGUCAUCGCGGUGGUGGGCUUGGUGGGGGUGGACUGGGUGGGGGUGCAGGUGGAGGAUUUGGGGGAGGUGGAGGUGCAGGCCUUGGAGGUGGUGCUGGACUAGGUAGAGGGGGAGGACUUGGUGGAGGACUGGGAGGCGGUGGUGGUGCAGGUGGAGGUGGAGGACUUGGAGGCGGUGGUGGUGGAGGACUUGGAGGCGGUGGUGGUGUAGGUGGAGGACUGGGAGGCGGUGGUGCAGGUGGAGGUGGAGGACUGGGUGGCGGUGUUGGUGGUGGUAUAGGGGGAGGACUUGGUGGAGGUGGAGCACUUGGAGGCGGUGGUGGUGUAGGUGGAGGACUGGGAGGCGGUGGUGGUGCAGGUGGAGGUGGAGGACUCGGAGGCGGUGUUGGUGCAGGUGGAGGAUUUGGAGGCGGUAGUGGUGUAGGUGGAGGGCUUGGAGGCGGUGGUGGUGCAGGGGGAGGGCUUGGUGUUGGUGGAGGACUAGGAGGCGGUGGUGGGCUUGGUGGUGGUGGUGGGCUUGGGGGAGGUGGUGGUUCUGGUGGAGGGUCAGGUCAAGGUGGUGGAUUCGGAGCUGGUAUAGGUGGGGGAAGUGGGGCUGGACUUGGUCUUGGAGAGGGUGGUGGUGGAGGUUCUGGCGGAGGAGGUGGUAGAGGGAUAGGUGGUGGUGGAGUUGGUGUUGCUAGAGGUGGUGGUGGUGGUUUUGGAGCUGGAGGAGGAGGUGGUAGUGAAGGUGGUUAUGGUCAUGGUCAGGGAGGAGGAUUUGGGGCAGGAGGCGGCGUAGGCGGUGGUGUUGGUGGCAAUGGUGGAGGUGGAGGAGGAGGCGGUGGUGGGGGGAUCCGUGGCGGUGGCUUUGGUUUUGGAGCUGGUGGAGGUUUUGGCGGUGGAAACUGA